CAUGUGUGGAGGGGAUCGGUUGAUAGGGUUUCGGCUGCACUCUUGUUCGGGCGCCGCCGCUGCUCAGGAGCUUCUGUUGGCCGACUUUGAAGCGCUUAGGGGUUAGCUGCGGUCGGGCUGGAGUGCGUGAAGCAGCGUGUGGCCGCGUUCGAGUGCGAGGAUGAAGGCGGGCGGCGGUGCUAAAAAGCGCAAGCUCUCAGGAUGGCCUGAAUCCGAAGCGAGUAAUAAAGCAAUAGAAUUCAACAGCAUCUUACAUGGCAACAGUUCAGGCCUUGAGGUUUUACUGCUUAAUAGAAUCGCGAUAGCAAAAAGCCUCUCUCCUCCACCAAUCGUCUAUGACUUGGAUUGGAAUCCAAAGCCACGUAGCUGUAACGGCAAAAACGCUAUUGCUAUGUUGGCUUGUGCUUCAUCCUAUGGAGCACACAUUUAUUAUUACCCAAGAUCUACUAGGACAUGGACUACAGUGGUGAUGAUGAACAGGCCAACUAGAAAAGGAGACUGUAUUCGUUGGCAUAAAUCUGGACGUACCCUUGCAACCACAUCAAACUACAGUGAUGAAAAAGACGGGAAAGUCACAAUUUUCUCAUAUGACAACAAAACUUUAUGUUUUGAUGCUACAGGCAGUUACUCGAUUAAGGAACAUAGAAAUGUGUCAUCAUUGGCAUGGAUAACCGGUACUGAGAUCCUAGUCGGUGCCAUAUUCCCUUCGUCGUGGCUUUACUUCUUUGAACUGAAAGAAGGUUUAAUAUCAUGCGUACACCAAGAAGAGUGUAAUGGCUUCCCGACCAACUCUCCAAUUGUUCUCCAACCAGAUCCAAAUACUACUUACUUUUUUGCUGCCUGUGAGGAUGCUACAAAAAUUUUGGUUUGGAACAAACUGGAAGGCAGUGACCAUAUCUGGACUAUCAUUCGUAGUGUGUAAGUACAUAUCUGGACUAUCAUUCAUAGGUGAAGUUAAAUGUUCAAUUCUUUCGCUCUUUUAUAGUAUAGAUAGAUACGGUAGUAACAAGUGUAUAUCAAUUAAACAUAAGUGUUAAAUGACAUUGCAUUGCAAAACAUAAAAAUAUUCCUGUGAUCGCCUAUUAUUCUCCUUAAGUCUAAAUACUCUCCAUUAUAAGUAACAUUUGCGUUUGCUACUUUUGGAGUUUUGGUUGCUGGCUAACUGUUUAACUAUCUACGAACAAUUGAAUCUUUGAUGAUGACUUGGCAUCCACCUAUAUAUUAUGAUCUGUUACUCUGUCCUGCCCUCCUUUGGAGUUUUAGUUGAUUUUCUUGUUGGAAAGGGUCUUAUUUGUUGUUCCUAUCAAAUAUUUUCAGCUGAGAGCUUUGUCUCUACAGUUUUGUUUGCAUCA